GGCAAUUCCUUACACCUAGAGGAUCAUGGGUAAACUUAUCGGUAUGAGGAGCUGUAGUGGCUUUCAAGACCUUAAGUCAGGUAGCAUCGUCGUCUGUCAUUAUGCUAUGGGCUUGUCUUUUCUGGCUCUGAUUCUACUAGCAGGAAGACUCUAUGACGUUGAUCGACAGGUUAGCCUCUUGAAUACUAUAGCUUCCGUAUGGCUCCCAGACACGUUGUUGUCUCCGAGCCCACCAGAUGGCGCUAGUAACGGAGAGUUCCAGCCUGAAACACCGAAGGAGACAUCUGGUGACCAGAUUAGUAACCAACCAAGUGAAGAAACUUCAUUUUUCAUAACCAAACUAGAACUCCUUGCCAACUUGAAAUCAGACAUUGAAUAUAUCAUACUGGAACUGUCGUCGGCUCGAGUCACGUUAAUCUUGAGUGUAGUGUUCGUGUUGGUUUACAUCGUAAGUUGGUGGUGGUUGGCCUUCUCAAUCAACCAAGCCAGAGAGGACGGUGGCGUUUCACUGAAAACAGUACUGUUACUUGCUGUAUUUGCUGCCGUAGACAUCGCCGCCAGUGCUGGCUUCGUGUUGCUACGCGUUAUUAUGUACGUGAUGAGGGACCGUUUCUAUCCGUGGGACAUGCGUGCCCCUUCGGCCGUUGUCGAGACCGAUUCUAUAGCAGGCCAUACAGCUCUUCGCUUACUUACUAUACAGUCCAGUUGCGGUACCAACGACAUCAUGGUAGCGAUCAUCGUGGGCUUCCUCACAGGCUUGAGGAUAUACAGUGUGGUAUGUGUUUAUUCAUAUUACAAGAAGGCUAAGAAUGGAGUUGUAGAUUCUGUUCAGAAGA